AUGAAUGGUCGACAGUGCGUCGGGCGAUGUGUCCAGACGAACAGUCCGUGUCUGUUCGUAAGUCCAGAACUGGAGUCGAAGGGAAGAGCGCGCGCACAGAUGCUGGCGCGCCGGGCGCCGAAUCACGGGGCGAGCGCGCACAAAAGCGAGCAAAGUUGCGCCUUAGCCGCGCCUCCGGUCUUGCGUGGCGCUCGAGUCCUAUCUCAAAGACGGUGCGCGCAUCGCCCGUAUGGCCCUGGGCCUCGAGAAAGCGGGCAAACUCUUCGUAGUACAACGCUAGUUGCAGCCCAAUGCGUUUUUUCGCCAAGUAAACAAAGAUAUCUCGUGGCUGGUCCGAAUAGCCCACAUAUUCGAGCCACACCUUCAAGUACCGUGGAUCGUUCUUGUAGUAGUCUGUAUCGCGAAAGUGCAGCGUGCAGCGUUCAAGCAACGCAAGAAGCCCGCUAUCUGUAUUGUUACCCUGUGGGAAAUGGCAGUGGGUCCAUUCUAGGUAAUCCAAGUAGGCUUGGAGUGGGUCGUCCAAGUCGUCGGCAGUAA